AUGGCUAUCGAUGAAAGCCUACGGAUCGAUGAGUUUCCUGAAUUCUUCCCUGGUUCGCGAAUCAAUUUUGCCGAGAACAUGUUGUGCAGGAGACAAGAUGGCGUUGCGGUAAUCGAUAUGCGCGAAGACAACCUUCAAAAACCCGAGCGGUAUUCCUGGAACGAGUUGCGCGAGUUGGUGAGAUGCUAUGCGAGUGCCUUGAGGGCAUCGGGAGCUAAAAAGGGCGAUAUCCUUGCACUCGUGGCAAGCAAUUGUGUACGAUCGCUCGCGUUGUUGCUUGCAACCACUUCGCUUGGCGUCGUCUUCUCGUCCUUUGCCACGGAUAUUGGUGAGAAGGCACUUGACGACCGACUGGGCGUCCUCCGACCACGCUUCCUUUUCGCAGAGACUGAAUAUUCUUACAAUGGCAAGCGCAUCAACAUAUCGAAGAAAAUCUCCUCGUCGUUCUCCAACCUACAGCAACCAAGAGCUUGCGACCUAGUUGUGAUCGGAUCAACAGAACUGGUUCAAGGAGCACCGACAUCGUUUGACGAAUUCGUCGGUCGCGACACAGGCUCUCAAUUGGUCUAUCAACAGCUUCCAUUCAAUACUCCUGCAGUAGUAAUGUUCUCCUCGGGCACCACUGGAGUUCCUAAGGGCAUUGUGCAUUCCCAUGGCGUCAGUAGCCCCUUUUUCACCAUGGAGUACGUCCUUCACAACAGCUUGGGGUACGAUGAUGUACACUUUCACUUCUCGGGUAUUGGCUGGACAUUGUGGAAUAUAUCCAUCGGAGCAUUAUUCACCGGAGCAACGCUGGUCCUCUAUGAUGGGAGCCCAUUUUAUCCUUCCCCAGAAGGCUUUCUGAAAGGCAUCUUCUCUCAAGGACUCACCUCCUUUGGGGCCGGACCGCGGUAUUACGCGGAGUUGCAAAAGCGCAACGUAAGGCCAAGUGAUCUCGGACUCCUCCCGCCUAAAUUGCAUACGAUACUCUCAACUGGAGCCCUCUUGACACCCGCAUUAGCAACAUGGCUUGUCGACGCAUUUGGUGCUGACAACAACAUCUGCCAACUGUCAAUGUCCGGGGGUACGGAACUCAGCGGUUCGUUCCUACAUGGAACAAGAUCACUGCCAUCUUACCCCGGUGAGCUCGCAGUGAAAGCUCUGGGUAUGGAUGUGGCCGUGUAUUCAGCCGAUGGCAUUGAGCUGCCUGAUGGCGAGAGUGGAGAAAUGGUCUGCAGGAAGCCGUUCCCAAAUAUGCCGUCCAUGUUUUUGAACGACGAAAAGAAGGAGAGGUAUUUCAAGUCGUACUUUGCGAAUUUUCCACACGUGUGGACGCAUGGGGAUUUCAUCCAAGUAAAUCCUGAGACUAGGGGGCUUUAUGUCCUGGGGCGAAGCGACGGCGUUCUGAACCCGUCAGGAAUUCGAUUCGGCAGUUCCGAAAUCUACAACAUCACAUCCAAACCACAGUUCACACGGUCAAUUCUCGACGCGAUUGUCGUCGGACAACAGCGUGUGAAACCUCCCAGGUACUCCGAUUCCACGGAGAGUGUAGUCCUCUUCAUAAAAUGCACGCCUUCAGCCAGCAGCGGGACCCUCACUCCCCAUCCCAGGAUCGUCACAGAGUUGAAUGAUGCCAUAUCGAAGGAUCUCACGAGGAGACACGUACCGGCGUUCGUUUUCGAGACGCCUGAAGUGCCUUAUAACGUCAACGGGAAGAAGUUGGAGAUCCAGCUCAAGGCCGUGCUGUGUGGUGGUCAGGAGGCGUUGGAUAAGUUGAAGGUCACAAAAGACGAAAGGGCAAUGCUGGCAUGGUUUGUCAAGUUCUUUGAUAUCGAGAAGGUUGUGAAGGAGCAGAGUGGACGAGGUGCGAAGUUGUGA